AAUGACGACACUACAGCGCGUCUCAUCUGCACAGAGUAAACAGAGAAAUCAAGCUGAGGCUAAUGCUAACACCCUGCUGACCCACAGGUGUGAACAGCCCUGUUAGUGAUGAAGGUUACUGUGCGUCAGAUUUCUGUUGACUCUAAACCUGAGAGCAGGUUGUUCCUGAAGCUGGAGUGGGACCGGGACCUGGGAGCGGGGUUCGUGGUGGUGCUGUGUGAUGGUGUCUCGGCGUGGAGUGGUGAAGUGUCGGAGGAGGAUGUGACGAGGGAGGCGAGGGAGAUGGAGAUGGAGAGGAAGAGGUAUGUUCAGGACCUGCAGCUGGUUCUGACCGGGGAGAACCAGACGACCCAGAACUACAGAUUCUGUCUUACACCCGAGAGACCCGGCACCCCUGUGCUCCAGCUGUCCUACGAGAAAAUGGAGAAUGAUAUUUCAUUCAGGCUUGGCAUGGUGGACCUGCUGCCUGUACCCGAGUCCACUGAGGUCAUCAGGGAGCUCAUCAGCUUCGGGCUUCAGAGGAACGCAUCUCUGAAGACCAAGAACCAGAACCUGCUGGAAGAGAACCGGAGAAUAAGAGACGAGCUGGAGCACAUCACAGCGCAGAUGGAGGGAUGUGUUCGGGAGAAGGAGGAGGUGGAGAGGGAUCUGUUCAGCCGUUUUGUUCUGGUUCUAAACGAGAAGAAGAAUAAACUCAGAGAUUUACAGCAGAGGAUCAAACAGCUGGAAGUGACUGUAGAGGAGGAGAAGCAGAGGUACACAGCCCGUCAAUCAUCUACUGUAACCAAUCACAAUCGUCCAUCACAGAACCCACAUAUCUACUUCUUAAAGCUGUUUUCUUCUUUCAGAAGGAAACGAGGAGUGGCUGGUGAUGAAAGAGAGCAGGCUGUGAAACUGGGAGGAGAGAGUGAUUAUGGGAGCACGACAGACGAGGAACAGCAGGAGGAUCCAGAAAACUCUGCCCUGAAAACUCCAGAUCAAGAAGCGUUGCCGGGUAACCCAAUGAAUGACAGCCUACAUGACAUCACAGACGUGGCACCCAGCCGCAAACGGCGACAGCGGCACCUCCAACAACCGCCGACCCAAAGCAAGAGACCCGCUCUGGAGCCGAGCCAGAACUCACGAGCUGAGUUGACUAAAGGACAUAAAGGGGAAGUGCUGGCUGGUGUUGGGGCGCCGGUGGUCUCUCCGAAUCCAGACGAUCUGUUUGAGGAUAUCUGACGCUGUUCCGCGCUGAAUUUGCAGAAAACUGUGAUUAAUAACUUUUAUAUAAAAUUUUAUAUAAAUAAUUAAAGGACUGUUUUUGUUAUAACAUGAAUAAAGCCCUUCCUGUGA